AUGCCAGAGGGAAUAAUUGUGCUUCCUAAAGAUUCCGAACUGAGAUAUGUGAGAAGAAUGGAGGACUACGACUUCCAUGAGCUGAUUGGAGAAGGGACUUAUGGCUCGGUUUACAGAGCCACCCAUAAAAGGUCAAAAAAGAGCUUUGCUGUGAAAGUGAUGAAAUUAUUUGAAGAUGAUGAGGUAAGACGGAACUGAUUUGAAUAACUUUUUGAUAGGGGAUCCCCAGUGCUGCUUUAAGGGAAGUUGCUCUUCUUAAAGUACUCAAUCAUCCAAAUGUAAUGAGAUUGGAAGAAGUCCAACACGAUCAAGAAAGCUUGUUUAUUGUGGUCGAACAAUGUGAUAUUGAUCUGAAGAAAUACUUUGACACCCUGGAGGAGCCAUUGAGUCUUACGAUUGUAAAAGAUUUGACCAAACAAGUCCUCAGUGGACUCUUACAUUGUCACCUGAAACAAGUAUUGCAUCGAGAUCUGAAACCUCAGAAUCUUCUUUUAAAUUUAAAUAACAUGCAGGUAAAAUUGGCAGAUUUUGGGUUGGCCAGGGCGUUUGGAAUCCCUGUUAGAUGUUUUAGUAACGAGGCGAGUCGGUUGGUAAUGAUAUAAUCUUGUCCUAGGUAGUCACUUUGUGGUAUAGACCUCCGGAUAUACUAUUUGGUGCUAAAUUGUACACAUCCUCGGUCGAUAUAUGGUCGGCUGGUUGCAUUUUUGCAGGUGGGUGUCUUUUAGGUCAAGAGCAAAGUCAUCUAAUUCAUUUGGAUUCUAGAAAUUGCGAAUACGGGUAAGCCAUUGUUCUGUGGGAACAAUGUGACAGAUCAGCUUCGAUUGAUAUUCCGAGUAACUGGAGUCCCUUCAGAAUAUUCAUGGCCUGGGGUCACAAAACUCCCUGAUUACAAGCCGAUUGUUCCAUUUUCUCCUUCCAUUACUUUGGACGAAGCUGUUCCUCGAUUAGAUGCCUCAGGACUUUCACUUCUCAAAGCAAGUUUUUACCAUUUACGGUUUGAGUAGUACUUUUUUUAAAAGUAUUUUUUGAAAUUUUUCAAAAAAUACUAGAUAUAGGGGUUUUCGAGGGUGGCAAUUUCGAAAAUCGUGUUAAUUUUUUCUGCACUUUCCUAGCUCGCGACCUAGGUCGUGACCGAGGUCAAGGAGGUUGCCCAAAAUUUCCCGAAAAUGGUCUCAAUGCUUGACUAUGAUGGUCAAGACACUUUCUUUAGGUUAGGUCGUCACUGAGCUCACGACCUUGGUUUCUAAAAUGACAUUAAUUUUUUUUAUCUUUACUUUUUUGUUUGAUUUUUUCACAAAUACUCGAUUUGGGAGGUUUCAACCUUGCUGAUUUCGAAAAUCUUAUUCAUUUUUUCUGAUUUGAAAGCAGCAAGGUCGAAACCCUACUUGAAGAAAAAAGUAAAGAUAAAAAAAAUUAAUGCCAUUUUCGAAAUCAGCACUCUCGAUUAGAUUAUUCUAAUUUCGACACUUGCAUCAAAGAAAAAUAACACUUUUCGGUUUCCCCAAUCGUACUUCUACCCAAUCAUCUUUUUUCCCAAUCGUCCCAGUUCCAUAGACCAAAAAAUUUGAAAAACUUAUGGGGACCCUAAUAAUAUAAUAAGGACAGAAACGCAAUAUUCGCACUUCUUGAGGUCACAGAGACAAACAAUGAAUCCCAUUUUUUUGCAAUCGCUGUUGUAUUGCUCAUGGCCGUUAUUUCGAAAUUUUCUUUUCAGAAGAUGCUCGUUUGUAAUCCUUCGGAACGGAUCUCAGCCCAGUCAGCCCUUGAACACCCCUUCUUGAACUGA